GAAUAUUAAAUAAUGCAAAUUUAAUAAACACUGCGUGCUAUAAUGCUGCAUUUAUUCAGUUAAGAAACAGUAGUAUUAUGGAAUAUUAUAGCAUUUUAAAAUAACUCUUUUAUAUAUAUCACUGAUGUUUUAGUAUUAACUGUCUUAUUUCACUUUGUUACUGUAAGUAUUUAAAUGCUAAUGCUGAUACACUAAUGAAUACAUUCUGAUUUCAGAACAGCAUCAUGAAGAAAACAGUGUUUUUCCCCGGGAAAGUCAAAGUGUCUUUCAGGAAAGGCCCAUCGGGCCAUUUACGCCGGGACCCAUCAGAAGAGGCAAAAAGAAUUAAAGACAACCCUUCACUGCAGGACAAGUCAACACCUCAAAGAGAAGAUCUGGUCAAGCUGAAUGCCCGUUCUGUUGUGUUACAUAGAGGAGGGGAUGUCUCUGACAAGCAAGAGGUGUUGGGAGAAUGCAUUCUUCAGUUCGGCAAGUACAAGGGCAAGUCUUUCAAGUGGUUAUUAGAGAAUGAUGUCAGCUAUGCUUUGUACCUGUCCGAUAAGGUUGAGGAAGAAGAACAGGCUGGGCAGUUCAACCCAGAGGGUCCAUGCAAGGAUAGCCUAAUUUCCUUCCUUGAGUAUUCAAGAAGCUUCAAGGAAAUUGAAGAUCUUAAACAGUAUCUGUCUCAAAGGCCAGAUCCAGUGCCAGUUUUGACAGAGGAUGACAAUACUGUUGGAUUUGGAUCCAGAGCACAAGACACUUGGAGGAAAAUUUGGGAGACCAGGGCAGACGGAUAUGCUUUCUUUAUAAUGAGGCAGAAGUGUGUGCCAGGCAGCAAAAUGUACAAUUUGCAGCAGUAUCUUUUAAAACAGCAGCAAAAACAGAUGACCAAAAACACUCCUCCGUUGCCCUCACCAUCAGCUUCCACUGCAAGACCACCUGUUCCUUCUAUUACUGACUCUGAUCAGCCUGUAAUGGAGGAGGAUGAAGAACUGGAGAGGAUGAUGCUGAGUCUUUCUCCAACAAAGUAUCUCACACAGCUGAGAUCAUCUGCAGCCACAGGAUCCACAGUCUUAUCUACAACAGGUUUGAAUAUACCAGUGGUGAGGCUCUGCCACAGCCUCCAUCAACAUCAGCUCCUGUGUGUAGGCCUUCUUCACAGGGUGAAGGCUUUGCACCACCUCACGCAGCACAAUCAGCACCUACACCUGCACCAAUGCCGUCUGCACUGACUGAAACCCCUGUUCCCAGCUACUUGAACAAAAAAAUUAUGCCACAGCCUUCACCAGCAUCACAUGCAGUCUCUAGUCCUCCCAGUCCACCAGCUCCUGUGUGUAGGCCUUCUUCACAGACUGAUGGCUCUGUACCACCUCCUGCAGCAC